UAGACAACCGGAGGGACGGCGAUAAUAUUUCAUACUGUGGACAGAGCGGUCCUGAUAGUAUCCUGCAGUAUAAACACGCUCCUCCGUAGUAGACUUCAAAUUGGACUAAAGAGCCAAAGGAGUAGCCCAUAAUUUAACUUCUGGAUACAUUUCUGUCUCUCCCCCUCUCUCCACAUUUCCUCCUCUCUCUCCUUUCGCGGAUCUAGUCGGAUCCAGUCUGGGUGAAGCGGACUUCUUGGUGCGAGAUAAUCGGCAGAUGAUGUGAGUUAAUAAGGCGAGAUGCGGGGUUGACAAACUCAGACGCGCUCCUCUCCAGCGACGGCAGGUGCGCAACAAGUGAGCGUGAGGAGAACGAGACUGGGGGAGACAGACAGAAUAAAGGAAGUAACGGGAGGGAGAGGCGGAAAGUAAACGGAGAAGGAAGGAGAUAAAGCAGAACCACUUCUGGUUCUCGCUAUGGAUACGGUGCAGAGCGCACAGGUCACCGACAUGGGAGGAGAGCACUCCGCCGGGGUGUGCUUGGUGGAGCGGGAGCGGGGCGAGGUGUCCAGCCCAUGUCCACCGGCCAAGCAACGCUCCCUGCGGGUGGUGUACGUCCUGAACGACGGGCUGAAGUCGGUGAUGGCCAGCAGCCCGGAGUCCGGAGCGCUGCAGUGCCUACAGAGAGCCUGCGACUCGGAGAGCGCGCUGCUCACCACUGUCACCUUCGGACGGCUGGACUUUGGAGAAACAUCAGUUCUGGACAGUUUCUACGAUGCAGACAUUGCGGUUGUGGACAUGAGUGAUGUGUUUCGGCAGCCCUCCUUGUUUUACCAUCUGGGUGUGAGGGAGAGCUUCGACAUGGCCAACAACGUCAUCCUCUACCACGACACUGACCCGGACACUGCCCAGUCACUGAAGGACAUGGUGGUACAGAAAAACACAGCUACUCGUCCUCCAGCAUUAGGUUUCCCCUGGGUUCAGUUGCCACCAGAGUACAGAGGCUCUGGAUUGCACAAUAAAGCAUCCAGUGGUAACUACUACUUCAUCCCCUACAUAGUGACUCCUAACCAUGAGUACAUGUGCUGUGAGAGUGACGCCCAGCGCAGGGCCAGUGAGUACAUGCAGCCCAGCUGGGACAACUUGCUGGGGCCGCUCUGCGUUCCAUUGACUGACCGCUUCACCAGCCUGCUGAAGGACAUCCACGUCACAUCCAGUGCUUCUUUUAAGGACACCCUGCUAAAUGACAUUAGGAAGGCCAGAGAGAAGUACCAGGGAGAGGAGCUGGCCAAGGAGCUUUCCCGCAUCAAACUCCGAAUCGACAACACGGAAGUCCUCACUCAGGACAUCGUCAUGAACCUGCUGUUUUCUUACAGAGACAUACAGGAUUACGAUGCCAUGGUGAAGCUGGUAGAGACUCUGGAGAUGCUGCCGACUUGUGAUCUGGCCACGCAGCCCAUGAUCCAGUUCCACUACGCCUUUGCCCUCAACAGGAGGAACAGUCCUGGUGACAGGGAGCAGGCUCUCAGAGUGAUGCUGCAAGUAUUGCAGUCGUGCGAACAUCCAGCACCGGACAUGUUCUGUCUCUGUGGACGGAUAUACAAGGACAUCUUCCUGGACUCAGACUGCAAAGAUACCAAAAAUAGGGUCAAUGCUAUACAGUGGUACAGAAAGGGUUUUGAGCUGCAGCCAACUCUCUACUCUGGUAUCAACCUGGCUGUCCUGCUCAUAGUUUCUGGCCAACAGUUUGAGAGCUCCAUUGAACUGAGAAAAAUAGGUGUGAGGUUGAACAGUCUGCUGGGGCGCAAAGGUUCCCUGGAGAAAAUGAACAACUACUGGGACGUAGGCCAGUUCUUUACCGUUAGCAUGCUAGCUAACGACAUCCCUAAAGCUACUCAGGCUGCUGAGAAGCUCUUCAAACUCAAGCCACCUCUUUGGUAUUUGCGGUCUGUGGUGCAAAACCUGCAGCUGAUCCAGAGGUUUAAGAAGCAGACGGUGGAACAUUCUCCCCAGCGGGAGAGGCUCAACUUCUGGAUGGACAUCAUCGUGGAGGCCACGCAGGGAACCACCAAUCGACUGCGGUUUCCAGUGUUGAUUCUGGAGCCAACUAAAGUUUACCAGCCGUCCUAUGUGUCCAUUAACAAUGAGGCUGAAGAGAAGAAUGUCUCUAUUUGGCAUGUUUCUCCUCCUGAAAUGAAAGGGAUCCAUGAGUGGAACUUCACAGCAAUGUCCAUCAAAGGCAUUAGCAUCAGUAAGUUUGAUGAGCGGUGCUGCUUCCUCUACGUCCAUGAUAACUCAGACGACUUCCAGAUCUACUUCUCCACUGAGGAACAGUGCGGUCGGUUCUGUUCCAUGGUUAAAGAGAUGAUAUCUGAUGGUACGGGGAACGCUGUGGAGCUGGAGGGGGAAGGAGACGGAGAUACACUGGAGUAUGAGUAUGACACCAAUGAGACAGGUGACAGGGUGGUGUUGGGGCGGGGCACCUAUGGAGUGGUGUACGCCGGGAGAGACGUCAGCAACCAGGUCCGAAUUGCCAUCAAAGAGAUCCCUGAGAGAGACAGCAGGUACUCCCAGCCCCUUCAUGAAGAGAUUGCCCUUCACAAGUACCUGAAGCACAGGAACAUUGUUCAGUACUUGGGCUCGGUUUCCGAGAACGGAUACAUCAAGAUCUUCAUGGAACAAGUGCCUGGAGGAAGCCUGUCUGUGCUGCUGCGGUCUAAAUGGGGUCCGCUGAAGGAGGCGACUAUAAUCUUCUACACCAGACAGAUCCUGGAGGGGCUCCGAUACCUGCAUGAGAACCAGAUCGUCCACCGAGAUAUCAAGGGUGAUAAUGUGUUGGUGAACACCUACAGUGGUGUCUUGAAGAUCUCAGACUUUGGUACCUCGAAGAGGUUGGCAGGAGUCAACCCCUGCACCGAGACAUUCACCGGUACUCUGCAGUACAUGGCUCCAGAAAUCAUUGAUAAGGGCCCUCGAGGGUAUGGGGCCCCGGCUGACAUCUGGUCCCUGGGAUGCACCAUUAUAGAAAUGGCCACUGGAAAGCCUCCCUUUCAUGAACUGGGAGAACCACAGGCGGCCAUGUUUAAGGUGGGCAUGUUUAAGAUCCACCCAGAGAUCCCUGAGUCCUUGUCUUUGGAGGCCAAGUCGUUCAUCUUGCGCUGCUUUGAGCCGGACCCUCACAAGAGAGCCAUCACCUCGGACCUCCUCAAAGAUACUUUUGUCAAACACAACGCCAAGGGCAAGAAGAGCAAGAUCGCCUUCAAACCAUCAGACUACAUACACAGCGUUUCGCUGCCGGUGCAGUUGCAGUUUGAGGCCACCGGGAGCAGCAGCAGUGAACACGGCUCCGUGAGCCCAGACUGCGACUCCAAACAUGAUGUUUUCUUCCAGAAGAAGAAAAGCUCUGGCUCCGAGAACCUGCUCAAACCCACCAACUCCAACUAUUUGAGUGUUCCAGAUGAGGGUUCAGUGUCGGAGGACCGCAGUGUCCCCCCCUCCCCUGAGGACAGGGACGGCGGUCUGUUCCUGCUGAAGAAGGACAGCGAGAGACGGGCCAUUCUGUUCAAGGUCCUCAAUGACGACCAGGCAAAAGUCAUCUCCAACCUCAAGGAGAAUUACAUCCAGGGCAGUGAAGAGCUCCAGCUGUCCGUCGAACACAUCAAGCAGAUCAUCUGCAUCCUUCGAGACUUCAUCCAUUCCCCAGAGCGGCGUAUCAUGGCGGCCACCAUCUCCAAGCUCAAGCUGGACCUGGACUUCGACUCCACCUCCAUUAACCAGAUACAGCUGGUGCUCUUUGGAUUCCAGGACUCGGUGAACAAAGUCCUGAGGAACCAUCACAUUAAACCCCACUGGAUGUUUGCUAUGGAUAACAUCAUCCGCCGAGCUGUGCAGGCUGCAAUCACCAUCCUCAUACCAGAGCUGCAGACCCACUUCGGCCCGGCGUCAGAGUGUGAGGGAGCAGAGAAGGAAGACGAAGUGGAUGAAGAGGAAGUAGAGUUUGGUCCUGUUUUAGCUCCUCAAGCUGAUGACCCUGUGCCGACCGCUGACCCCACCCACUCUGCGGCCAGCACGCUAAACUCCGCCCACUCCAAGGAGCAUCAGCGUUCGCAUCAUCCACUGGGUGCGCAGCUGGGGCGGCUCAAACAGGAGACCAACAGGCUGCUGGAGGAGCUGCUGCAAAAGGAGAAAGAGUACCAGCAGGUCCUGAAGGCCACACUGCAGCAGAGAGCACACGACCUGGAGCUGGUCAGACUCAGACACAGACAACCAGACAUUUCACCUCCCUCCAUCUUUCACAUCCCAGCAGAUCACGAGCCGGACAAGAAGCUCACUGAUUGGCUGAAAGAGCAGGGGGCAGACACUGACACCAUAGAUAAGUUCGUGCUGGAGGAAUACACACUGACCGACAUUCUCAAUGACAUCACCAAAGAUGACCUCCAGUGUCUACGUCUACGGGGCGGCGUCAUCUGCCGCAUCUGGCGGGCCAUCCAGCGGCACCGAGAGCGAGAGAGGCUGAGGGGCGACGAACGCUCGAAAGAGGAUGCAUGAUGGGAUACAUGGACUACAACUCUGGAGGACUCUGUUUGCCAGAAAACACGCACACAUCUGCACACUACCAGCCUUGCAUGGCGCUCCUUUCUAUUUCUCUCCACGGUGCCUUUUCAUGUUGUAGUCUGUGUCGUACAGUACUGAAUCUUUGUUUGACUGUACAUCUUCACAGUGUCAGACUUGACCAGACCAAAUGUGUAAUUAAAUGUGUAUUUGUGCCACAAUGUGUUUGUGCUUGAAAAUCUUCAGAGAAAAAUGGCCAGCAUACCGGCGGUAAAUUUGUGUGGGCAGAAUGGGCUGCACUCUAGUCGCAAAUUUUUUUUUUUGAUCGGCCCAUAAUGAGAAGAGAGAUCACAUCAUUGGCCCACUUGUGUGUCCUUCAUCUUAAAACUGGCCAUUCACAUCCUUGGUCUUUGACUGACUGGCCCACAGAGAGGAGAGAGAUCACAUGAUUGGCCCACUGGUUUGUCUCUCAUCUGAAAACUUGCCAAUCAUAUCCCACUAUGGCCCACUUCCAUCCUAUCAUAGGCAGGGAGCACAUUUAAGUCCCGCCCCGACUGGCGGCGAAAAUAACUCCACCAAGUACCAGUUCGGUUGACGGUAGCUAGCAAAAAACACAAGAUUUAAGCAUGUCAAACGAUUAUUUUAGCACCCUUUGUCUACCGGAGGCAAAAUUACGAAUCCCAUUAUGGCCACGCCAAGACCCGCCCUACGAAGCAGCCUGAUUGGUUGGGGUUAGGCAUUUGACCUCGAGUGGUUAAGGUUAGGGUUAGGGGAUUGGUCAGGGGAUAGGACAUGUGCAUAUAAGCAUGGAUGCCUGGCCAAUAGUAGUGUGUGAAUGCUAUUGAAGGUCGGGUCUUGGCCUGGCCAUAAUGGGAAAAAGAAUAUCUCCUACCGGAGAGAGGACAAGUUAAGUUAGCUAUUAGUAAGCUUAUGUUAGUUAUGUGUUAGAAAGCCAAGGCACUUGCAAAUAUAAUACUAUAGCUUUCUGAUUUAUCCACAUUCCACAAUAACACAAGUUGCAAAUGUUAGCUACUGUGUACAAAAUGCAGCUUUAGCUUAACUUACAGACUUGUCACUUGUUUACUAUACAAUAUAUAUUGAUGAUACCCAUGCUCUACCCUCAAACUUUAGCCAUCUUAGCAUCAGGACCCAGGCAGCCUAUUUGACUCAGUGAGUACACUACUAUACUCUCUUACUUACCACUCAGCUAAGUACGAGUAUUAGGGGCUGGUAUGCGGGGUUCACAAUUAACUUUUUGUCCACCAGCCAAGUGGCUAGUGAAGCCAAUUUUACUUUUUUUUUGGCUGGUGAGUCAAGCAAAUCUAGCAGCCACUUGGGGUUCAACAUUAGCACCAUUUACCAGCCAAAUAAAAUGAUGGUAAAUGGUGCUAAUUUUGAACCCUGCUUGUAUGUACAUGUGUACAAGGGGGAGUGCAGGGACUGUUGGUGUCCGGUCGAUUGUGGUGGGCUGGUCUGGGUCUCAAAAGUCCAGGGCUGUUUUUUUUUUUCCCUAGUCCAGCCCUGGUAUGUGGUAUCAAAACUUCCAUAAAAACCUUGAAAACUGCUCCUGAAGCAUAAUCUGUUCAGUGGUGUUCAAUGAAAGAUAUAUGAACAUAAUUUUGACAAAAUGUGGUUGCAUUGCUUCCGUCUUAACCCUCACCCAUGACCCUGUUUAACUUGUAUGUACAUUGCUUUCCUUGUCUUGUGUCUCCAUCAGUCUGAACUGCUCUAUCCUUCCUCAUACUGAGCAUAUAGAUGAACAGCAGAAAGUUGAUUAUGCUGCAGGAGUGGAUUGACAAGUUUCAAGAAGACAAGUAAAGAAGCAAAGUCUAUCUCCAACUCUCUAUCUGUAAUGUAACAUACUUAUUCAUAUAAAUUGUUUGCCAAUUCCAUUCAUCCCCCCCAAAAAAGACAUUAAUUCUAAUCUAUCUGGCAGCCCCUUGUUUUUUAGCCAAAUUGCAAAUUCAAUGUAUAACAAGAAAAAGGCCUUAAACCGGUGUAGUUUCAGGUUGAGUAUUUUCCUAAUUUACGAGAUAAUUAUUCCAAAAAUGUAAAAAAAAAAAGAUGGAA